AAUCACGCACGGACGAUAAAUCCAAGUAAGGAAAUCCCCGAUGAUCUCCUGCGCGUCGCAGCGCCAGCCACUCGAUUAGUGGAGUCCACCAACCAAGCACGCGUCCCUCCCCGUCCCAGAUCCCAUCCCGCGGCAGCCGGUCAGUCCGAUCCAUCUCCAGUACCCAGCCCGUCACCCGCCUUCCCCGUUCGCUCUCGUCGGCGCGCGAUGGAGGGUCUCAUCAAGGGGUUGGUCCACGUGGCCAUCGACGCCGUGGAGGACGCCGUGAGGGAGAGGGACCACGGCCGCGCCGACGACGACGAGGUGCCGAGGAGGAGGGCGGCCCAAAGCUCCGAUCCAGAUGACGACGGGGAGGAGGAACGCGACGAACGAUCGCGGUCGACGUGGGCCGAGGUCGUCUCCGAGCAGAAGGGCAGCGAUCCGGACGAGCGCCGGGACCAUCGAAGCUCGGGGCGGGACAAUCGCCAUGAGAGGAGGGAUGACGAGGGUUGGAAAAGGGCCGAUGGUCGGAACCAGCAGCAGCACCACGCAGGCCGGCAGAACCAGUGCGAGGGGGAGGAAAGGUGGGAUGGCAGUGGCAGCCGGCGGCGUCAGCAACAGCAGCAGGCACAAGGAUACGGGAAUCAGCAUCAGGAAGAAGAAAGGAUAAACGAUGGAGGCUGGCAGACCGUCGGUGAGAAAAAGCGCCAUGGAAGACCACAGCAGUCUGAAGCAUGGAAUGGAUACAGAAAGCCACCAUCAGAACAAAAGUACUCUGAGGAUGUCGGUCAUAUCCACCAAGGACUCAAUUUCGAGCCCACCAGGGAGGAGCUGAAUAGCUUAUCGAAAGCGUGUAGCCGACUUUGGGAGCUCGAUAUGAACCGUAUUGUUCCUGGUAAGGACUACAUAAUCGACUGUGGCAAGGGGAAGAAAGUUUAUCAGAAGGGUGAUAUGGCAUCUGAAAGCUUGUUCAGCUGGCUAGGCGACGAUGUGCUAAGAAAACCCACCUACUCACGUUUCUGCGCACUUCUGGAUAACUACAACCCCCACCAGGGGUACAAAGAAGUUGUUACCCAGCAGGAUAAGCACGAAGAAAUAGCUUUCGUUGAAGAGAUCGCUAGAACAGCGCCAAUUAAGUACUUGCACCGGUACUUAGUGCAGAAGGGGGCUGUGCCUCAGGACUACGAGGACUUCAAGAGAAUGCUGACAUCCCUAUGGUUUGAUUUGUAUGGAAGAGGUGGCAACUCUAGCUGCUCUUCUGCCUUUGAGCAUGUGUUUGUUGGUGAGAUCAAAGGACGGGGACAAGGGGAGAGUGAGGUAUCAGGCUUCCAUAACUGGAUUCAGUUUUACCUGGAAGAAGCCAAGGGAAAUGUGGAUUACCAAGGUUAUAUAUUUCCAAGGCGCCGUGGUGAAUCGCCUGAUUCAGAGAUACAGCUGCUGACUGUUCAGUUUGAGUGGCAUGGCGUGCUGAAAUCGGUAUCCAGCACGUUGAUUGGCGUCAGUCCUGAGUUUGAGGUUGCACUCUACACGUUGUGCUUUUUUGUUGGAGGGGAAGACAACCGCGUCGAUAUUGGCCCGUAUAGUGUGAACGUCAAGUGCUACCGAUUGGGGAACAACAAAAUUGGAUCAGCCUUUCCCAUUGUAGAGAACUGAUUAUCUGGUGCUAUGCUUCUGCAGGUUUCCAAAUAUUCACUUUCUUCGUUUCAUAAUCAAUUACGUGAAGUUAACAAUGUACUAUUUUACUUGUGCAUGAAAAGGUACCAUACUGUUCAAUUUGUUGCUGCCAUCUGCAAUAGUAUUGCUACUUGCACUGC